UUUGGUUUGUAUUGUACGUGCAAUUUUAUGUCAAAAUUAUAAAUUGACUUCAAAGAAAUCCAAAGAAGUGGUUUUGUAAAGAUCCUUAAAAUGGUUUGUGAAGAAUCGGAAAUUGUUCUUGCUAAACAGCGUGCUGUCCACUUGAAAAAUUGCGUUAAGAAUCUCUUCGAAGUUUCGUUCAAUUUAGCACAACAGGAGCACACGUUGAAAAUGAAACGUUUUGAUCUCAAUGAACGAGCAGCAAGAGCAUUGUUCAUGGUUAGUGUUAGUAACAAUGGAUAUCUACCUUUAUCUAACGUCUAUGAAAAUCUUUCUAUUGAUGAGAUGGCACUAAACACAGCUGAUAUAGAGUUCUGCAGGCAAAUAAAACAACAGUCGUUGUACUGCUCAUUUGUCGCAUAUCAUAUUUAUAAGACGCAAUAUCGCGGUCCUAACGUGGCAAAUGGUGAGGAAUAUAAAGACAGGUUAAAAUUGCAGAUUACUCGCCGCCUCUUAAAUCUUUUGGUUGACAAUGCAAAUGUACUGCACGAUUAUAAUAAAAUUGACAAUUUCCAGCAAGCAGAAAUUUAUUUGAAAGCUAACCCAAAUAUUGUGAACAAUUCGUUGUUGGACUUCUCAACCGUAUUGGUUUUCAUACUAUAUAUGGAGCGUGAAUUUCAGCUGAUGCAUAACGCUGCAUUUCAAUGUGUCACGCUGAGGGCUAUUCUGAACGAUAUUAAUACAUUGAAGAUAUCAGCUAGAGAAUCUAUAGAAAACUUCUUUAUUAAAGUCGUUAAUGAUAAGGACUAUAGGCGCAAUUUCUUAUUACAAUUGGAUAUGCUGGUGCUGAGCGUAAAAAGUGUUGAAAAGUUAUAUCGCAACUAGGAUUAAAAAUCAUUACUAUAACUCUACUUAUUGAAGUCUAAAAAUCAUUUGAAGAUGAAAAAAAAACGUUUAUAAUCAGUUUCGUAUUAAAUGCUUAGUUUUUUUUUUAUUAUAUGUGAGUCAACAUUAGACUUAAUCGUUUAAUAAAGUAUCCCAUUCUAAGAAAAUAGUGAAAAAAGUUUA